AGAAGAGGCUCUCAUUACCUCUAACUUGGCUCUUCCACCUCCGUCAUGCAAGUCGUUCACAUUUUCACAGCUUGGUAGGGUUCCUUUAGCUUUGAGCUCAGAAGAUGCUGUAUCAUAAAUAGUCUGUAUCGUGUGGGGCACGUCCAGUGACAGCGGCUCCAAUGGCCAUCUCGACGAUUCUGAUGGCUGAGAUCGUUUUGAUAGCCAGCCACAGAGGGUCCGAAUGGAGAUGGUUGUUGGCCAAGGUGCUCGACUUGUUCUCCUUGAGAGCAUCAUAUAACCUUUCUGUUAACUUCCUUUCCCGAGACAUUUCAACGGCUCACCACACUAUCUUCCCGUUCUUCACUCGUUUCUUUCCAUACAGCGAUCCGAUAAAUCUCCUUCCCACAUCCAGUCUUUUUCUCCAGUAAUAGCCACUCACACACUCAUUCACAAUGGCAGACGGUUUAAAUGACCAGCGGACUGCUCGGGUAGCAGAUCUGCUCUCAGACUUUCGCAAUCUUCAAUUAUAUAUUGCUGCAGUUGCAGUGGACCCUGAAGAUCAAGAUGAUUACUACACGGAAGGAUGGGCUGCUUUACGCCAAUGUUCCAUUGAUGGACAGCACAUCUUGAACUGUGCAGCAGAAACUCGAGUGCCCAGAGUACGGGGCGGCCCAGAAGAGCAGAUGAAGGCGGAGCUUCAACAGGUCAUGCUAGAUGCAUACUCGCGUCGUCAUGAAGCCCAAAAGAUAUAUCUCCGCCAGGAAGCUGCUCAAAGGUGGAUCGGAUGGCGAGACCAAGUGCUUCAGGGGCAAAGACCUCAUGCAGGACAUACAGCGCAACUUGCCGCUUGUGAUGCCCAAUUACGAGUUGAGCUUGCAGCUAUCACAGAUGAUUCGAUUUACUCAGACAUGAGAUCUUCAGAUUAUCAAAUGGGGCGCUGGACGCUUGAAGAUCCCAGCUUAAGGCAUGUCCAAAGAUGGCUCCGAGCUAGACGUUGAAUGUGGGGAAGGAAGAGAUGAGAUAUGAGCAUGAGAGACGGAUUGGUAAUUGCAUUUGCACGGAGCAAAAGGAUAUUGCAUUAUUUGCAAGAGCGGGCAUUGGGACGGCGCUUCACUUCACGUUGUUGGUACCGGAUACUGCAAUUAGAAGCAUUGCCAGGCGCAUUGCAAGAUUCAACAUAAUUUUAUUUCUGGGGUUUCACUAAGUACACGAAAAGUUGAUAUCUCCAAAAUAGUCUAGUCAUUAAUUCAAUCUCCCU